GCCUGGCUCCGUUUAUGAAGCACCCAUUAAAAAUCAUUCUGCGAGGAGUGACCAAUGACCAAGUGGACCCUUCGAUACGCACCACAGCAGCUUCUGACUAAGGGCAAGAAGGUGCUGCAAGUUUCCUGACUGGGAAGGAGACGUUAAUGGCGACUGCCCAUGCUUGCCAAUGGUCCCACACGGUUAAUGUGUUCUCGGGGAGUCGAGGGCGUGUUCCUCCGUUCUCAGAAUCUUAGCCACAUGGACUUCUCAGAGGAUGCUCACAAUUGACAGUUCUCAGCUGUAGGUUGAUGUUCUUAAGGCAACAGCACUCCCUCUGUUAAAGCAGUUUGGGAUUGAUGGAGAAUCAUUUGAGCUAAAGAUCUUGCGACGGGGAAUGCCUCCUGGAGGAGGAGGUGAAGUGCUUUUCUCGUGCCCCGUGAGGAAGGUCCUAAAACCCAUGCAGCUCACAGACCCAGGGAAAAUCAAGCGGAUCAGAGGAAUGGCGUACUCUGUGCGUGUAUCACCUCAGAUGGCAAACCGGAUUGUGGACUCUGCAAGGAGCAUCCUCAACAAGUUCAUACCCGACAUCUAUAUUUACACAGACCACAUGAAAGGCAUCAAUUCUGGGAAGUCUCCAGGAUUUGGGCUGUCGCUGGUUGCAGAGACUACAAAUGGUACCUUCCUGAGUGCUGAACUGGCCUCCAAUCCUCAGGGCCAAGGGGCAGCAGUGCUUCCUGAGGACCUCGGCAGGAAUUGUGCAAAGCUGCUACUUGAAGAAAUCUAUAGGGGUGGAUGUGUGGACUCGACAAACCAAAGUCUAGCUCUGCUGCUCAUGACCCUUGGACAGCAGGACGUUUCCAAAGUCCUGCUGGGACCACUCUCCCCCUACACGAUAGAAUUUUUGCGGCAUUUGAAGAGCUUUUUCCAGGUUAUGUUCAAAAUUGAAACCAAGCCAUGUGGUGAAGAACUCAAGGGUGGGGACAAAGUACUGAUGACCUGUGUUGGUAUUGGCUUCUCUAACCUCAGCAAGACCCUCAAGUGAUCCAAUCCCAACGUCAGACUCGGUUGGGUAUGGAUGAAGCAGAAGCUGCCAAGGACCAAAGGGACCAAGUGCAGAUGCAUCCAUCCAGGACAGGACAGCCUCUCAACAUUAAAGACUUUGUUCAUUUUCCACUGAAAAUACUGAUAUGCAAAUAAAACGUGACUGUAUCGUGUGGCUUCCAGCUGUUCUCCAGUGACAGCGACAUUGCUUGGAGGCCCAGGCUAUGUGGGCUUCCGGGCUCACCUGGAGGAGGGGCCCUCAAUAGUGGUCAUGCUGGCAGCACUUCUGUUUCUCUGGACUGUGGUUUGGUGUAGGGAUUAAUGUGACAGUGCUCAUCAUGGCAGACCAUGAGACUGCCAGAGGCUGGGCAUCUGUUCGUUGUGUCUCUUGUCUUGUGAAGAACUUGCUUGCCAUGGGCACAUGCUGAACUUGAUCUGGUAGAUUGUGAGGGUCUGGUGGUCGGGAUGGGGAGGGUAGCUAUGGAAUGUGCCAAGUGUUUCUUUUAUUCCAGGUAUGCCAUAAAUUUCUGGUUUUAGUUUUCUAAUA